UACAACUGUAACAGAUGGGCUGAAGAUAGAUGGUGUCCUGAAAGUACUCAGUACUGCUUGACAGUUCAUCUCUUCACGGACCAUGGGAAGAGUACGUCAGUCACCAAAAAAUGUGCCACUGGAGAGGAAUGCCACUUCGUAGGCUGCCACCACCACAGGGAAAGUGGCCACACGGAAUGUGUGUCCUGCUGCGAGGGCAUGAUUUGCAACGUAGAAAUACCAACCAACCACACCAACGCCGUGUUUGCCGUCUUGCACGCCCGGAGAACCUCAGAUGGCAGCAGGCGGAUGGUCAGCGUUGCCCUGCUCGUGUCGGUCCUGAUGGUCACCUUAUCGUGAUGCAUCAUCCUCCCAUGACAUCUUCCAGGGAGAGUCCACCUUUCUGCAGGCCGUAAGGAACCCUAAGGAGCUUGAUUCACUAUGUGCAAGGAGAAAUCACCGCUGCUCCUUAAUUACAUCAAAUUUAAGGGGACGGUGGAAAGACAAGUGUCCAACUCUUUGGAUAUUUCAGUGAAGAUACUUCAUAUGGCCUGCAGUAUUUUAAAAAUAUCCAACCACAGCCACCCACUGCUUGACUAAGCAGUGGGGUGAACUCAAAUAUAAUAAUUCACUGUUUUAUGAUGACAAUGCACAUACUCAACGUGGUUUUUGGACAGAGAAAAGUGUCUGUAGACAAUCGCUUUCCCAGGUGAGAUAAGAAGGAACUUUUUGAUGGACGAUGUGCCAAGAGGUAUCUGAAUGGAGACUGCUUUUAAACUGCUUUUUAUUGUGCAUAAAUAACAUGGAGUUUUGUGUCUUGAUCAACAGGUGUAUUUAAGCUUGUCGUUAGUUAUGGUUUUCAUAGAGAACACGUGUGGUUUUCAUAGAGAACAUAUAUGAGAGAAUUUUUUUUCUGUUUUGAUCAGAGCUAUAACUUCUGCUGGAAAUAAUGCAAAAUAAUACUUGUAUCUUUCUUUUCUGUAAAAAUGUGGCCUUGCACUCAGAUUUUAAAACAGUGUGAAAUUAUGUAGAAUUUCUGUCUAAAACUGAUGAACUGUUUGGGCACCUAAAUCAGAAUUCUCCCCCCAACAAAGGGAUUAUUUUCUUCCCAUAGAGUCCCACCUCAGCUGAAUCUUUGUGAUAUUGUUCAAAGUGGUGGUGAUACCAUGACUUCAAAAUUGCAGCUAUGGCCAAGCAGCCACAUUAUAACUAAGGAGAGGAGCCUUCUGUGUUCCCUUUAGAUUUGCAGAAGUUUCUCCCAGAAACAUUACUGUCCUUGAUGGAUCUUCAGCUCGUAAGUCAGCACUGGAGGAUGUCCCAGGCCUCUGGACAUCAUCGUUAUGUGGCUUUGCCACCCCUGUUUGAAAA